CCCAUCGUCUCCGUCACUCCCUCGCACGCAGCGUCAUUCUCUCUUUUUCCGUCAAACCCACUUCCCCGACGGCACCGCCUUAUGAGCCCGCUCCAAAGCAGCAGCGGUAGCGCCAGUGACGGCCGCGCGUCGCGACGUUCCAGCCCUGGCCUGUGCUCGGCCGUGACAGUUGCCGAGGGCGACAGCGACGCGGCAGCAGUAAACACCGACUUGCUGUGCGAGCACGGAGCAGCUCCGACGGAUCGCGUCGCGCACAGCGGAGGCAACAGCGACAUUAGCCCGAUCAGCGUGCUCAGCGGCUUCCUCUCGACCAAAAGCCGACGCGACUCGCAUUCAGACGCAGCGAGUUUCGGACAACCGGACGUGCCUAGUAGCGACAGUGAACCCGAGUUCUCCUCGGAGGUUCGACAACGUGCGAGCAGUUGUAAUAAGCCUGACGACGGUGGCCAGAGUGCACUGGACGACGCGACAGCGGCGACGGCGACGAUCAUGUCGCAGCAGCAGUCGCAGCAGCGAGUGUGCGACGACGUGUGGGCUCGGCGGCGACAACUGCAGGGCCGCGAGCGACCGACCCUGGCGUUGCGCAAGAGCAACAGCAACGCCGACGCCGUCACCGCCGCCGCCAUAGCUCGCGAAUCGUCCCGCAUGGCGCCCCUCGCGACCGCGCUCUCGCUCGACAAGCCGGAUUCCGCGAGGCGCCUCCCCCGCUCGGCAGGGGGACGCCCCCGCGGCGCGGCCGGCAAAGCCACGCAGCUCGAGCGAGACGCGGUCGCGGAGGCUGCGGCGCGGCGUCAGGAGCGGAAGCGCGACGAUGCAGCUUCCGCGAAGGAACCGGCGAACUCUCUGGAGUGCGAAGGCCCCGACGAACUGCCCGCGAGCUUCGAGCUGCUGCGAUUGCCUGGAUUUCGCGGGACGAAGAAUACAUGUGUCGGUCACAGCGCCGGCGGUGAUUCUAGCAGCGAUCCCAGCGCCGCCGGAUUCGGCAGCGGAAACGAGGAAGAAGCGGCGUGGGAGGAGGAGGGUAGGGUGGGCCGUAGCAGUCUGGGAGCUUCUCACGACACCGUGGCCUCUAGUAACGUGUACGUCUUUCCGAGAGACGGAUCGUACGCGCAAGACGAGGAGUGCAAUAGCGGCGAACACGGCGAUGAACAUCCUGGUGACACGAAUAGUGGUAACCCGUCGGCCUGGGAGGUCGACGACUUCCCCGGGUUCGCCAUGACUCCCCCCGGGGGGGGCGCCAAGCCCGUCGAGUCGGAAUCGGAGUCGGAUCGCGACUCUCAAGGCGGCGCGACGGGGGUAGUAGGCGCAAGAAGCGGGUGGAGUAGAGUGGCCGGGAGGAGCUCCUCCGUGUCUGCCGGCGCCGAUCCCGGCGGAUCUGCGGCGUCGCAGAGGAGUCUAUUCCUGCAGAGAGGUUCUUGUUCCCAGAGGAUACGUGACGCGAACGAUGUCGUCAUGCGCCCGUCACCGUUGCCGUCGUCGCUAUCGCAGUCGCUAUCCCCGUCGUUGCCAUCCGACGCAGUCGUAUCGGUUACGCCCAAAUCGUCGUCGCCAGCGUCGCCGACUGUCGCAGCAGCGAUAACAGGCGAAACGUCGUCGACAGUGAUGAUGUCGCCUAGGGUUAACGACGAGACGACUCUGGAGGGGGCAAUGAAACAGACUGCUGUCGAUAGUGUUGUAAGAACGUCUGCUCAACUGCCGACUGCGACUGUGCCUGCUGUUUCUCCCGGCAUUACUUCUGGAAAAGGGGUGUCAGGAACCGGUGCAAGCAGUGCAAGCUCGCCGUCAGCAGCCGCCGUUCGAUCAGCAGCCGACGCGACGAUCGUCGUGAAUCCUGAAACCUGCGAUUUUGCGGAACCGGCUACUACUUGCCACGAAACCCUAGCGAUCAAUGCAGCUGGAGGUUACGCCGGCAAACCGUCGACUGUCAGGAACCAGUUUCCGAGAUCGAAAUCCCAGUCAGCAUCGAAAAUUCAGUCCGGAUCGCGUCUCUCUCCGUCGAGCGGCGGGAGCCGUUCGUUUUCGAGAUUGGAGUCGCGGUCCGGACCGUUUUCUCCUUCGGCUCUCCCUCCGCCUCCGCCGAUUGCUGCGGCUGUCACAUCGCGGGAUGGAAGUGAAUGGCUCGUACCAACCUCUACUUCGGGCAGUCACUGUGACGAUGACGGUGACGGUGACGGUGACGGCAAUGGAGACGAUGACGGGGACGGGAACAACGGGAGUGGUGGGCCUGUAUGUUUGCGUGAAGCCGCUUGCAAUUGGAAGGCGAGGCGUGGCGAGGGUUUGGCGAAAGAGAAAACGUCGCCGAGAAGUAGCAAGAGCAGCAGCGACAGUAACAGCAGUGCGAGUGAGCGAAGCCGUGUGAGCGCGGCAGCGAAGGGGAAAGCCAUCGCGACGGACGAAUGUGGCGAAGCCUUCGCGAGCAGCUGGGCUGGGGGCAGCAGCGGCGUUGCCGGCUGCAGUUACCGCAACUACAGUAACUAUGAAAACUCGUCAAGCCAGGAUGAUCAAAUAGGCGCCCGCGUCAGCAUCCUUCCCAGCCGCGUCAGUCACCAUCCCCCGCCUGAGCUGGACCUGACGUGUCUUGACUCCAUCAUUUCCAUGCUCGGCGCGCAGCCAGAGGAGCAGCCAAUGAGAGGAAAGAGCAGAGAGAGGGUGACACGUGGCAGUGGGAGAAAUGGAGGGAUGGGGCAUGGAAGAUCUGCUUCCGCAUCCUGCCCAGCAACCCCGUUUCUUCAGAUGCCACCUUCCCCAGCCACACCUCCCCAUAGUCACACCCACCACAUCCACAAUCACCAUCACCAUCCCAAUCCCCAGCAUCAUCCCCAUCGCUCUCCUAAAUCCCACCUCCCUCCUCACCCGUCCCUAUCCUGUGAAAGUUCUCCGCACCUUCCACUCGACCUCUCCUUUGAUCCCGAGCCUGCAUCCAUGUCUGGAAGUUCGGGCUUUGGUUCCGAGCCUCAUCGUUCGGUGUUUCGAGGUGCGGGGCAGCUUGGGUUGGAGCCUGGUGAAGGGGAUGGGGAUGAGGGAGUGUGGGGGGAGAGAAGAGGGAGGGGGUGGCAGAGAGGGAAGGGAAGAGGGCGGGAGCGAGAGGGAGGAGAGAGGGAGAGGAGGGGAUCAAGGGAGAUGGGGAUAGAGGCGCUGAGGGUGGCGCAGGCUGUAGCAGCUACAGAUGGGGCUGAUCCCGCGGCUGUUGAUGAUGGGGAUAUCCCUGCUGCUGCUGCUGCUGCUGCUGCUGCUGCUGCUGCCACUGGCAUUGUUAUUGCUCAACCUGUCACUGCUUCCAGCGCUGCUGCUGCUGGGGGUGACGUGUCUAUUGCUGACCUGGAGGCAGCGCUUGCCAUGCUGUCACGAUCUGCGCAGGGGAGGCGGGGCGAGGGAGCAGGAAAGCAUGGGAGACACCUCCGAGCUUCGUCCUUCUCCCACUCAUCCUUCUCGCACUCCCCCUUCUCCCGAACCCCCUCCUCGCGCUCCCCCCUUCCCCCCUCGCCCUCUGCUCGCGCUGCAUUUGCGCACUCCCCCUCCAACCGUUCCCCUUCCCCCUCUGCCCGCCGCUCCCCCUCUCCCUCCGCACGCUCCCGCUCCCCCGCCCCCAUGACUCGCUCCCCUGCGCCCUCUGGCGGUAGCUUGCACGUUCGGUCGCGCAGUUAUCACAUGGGCCCCACCUUUGCUGUACCGGCUGCUGCUGCUGCUGCUGCUGCUGGUGGGGGUGGGGCAGGGGUGAGGGCAGGAGGGAGAGGGGGGAGAGAGGGAGGAGAUGGUGGGUUCGGGGAGGGGAGUGGUGCACGGAGGGGUCAGCACAGCCGCAGCAGGAGCAUCAGCAGUGCUGUUGCUUUCGUCGCUAUGGGAGGGCAGGGAGACGCAGGAGAAGAGUGGGGAGCGGGAGGAGGAGGGAUGGGAGGAGGCGGGGGGCUGUCGAGAACUGCUGGUGCAGGGGGCAGCAGCAGCAGUGCAAGCGGCAGCAGCCGGCGUUUCCUGCAGCGGCCCCUUAGCUUCAACGCCGUUCAAGGGCUGCUGCUCUCUCGCUCGGGCCCUCUCACUCCCCCUCCCCACCUCCACCUCCCCCCUCUCCCCCUCUCCUCUGACCGCCUCUCCGCUUCCCCUUCCUCCUCCCAUGCCUUCCGCAGCCCCCGCCCGAGCCAACACGCCAGCCCUGGUUACAGCCCGAACCCGAAUGCUAGCUUCGGCACUGCGCCGAGCCUCAGCAUGAGGAGCCGUUCGCCAAGCCCCCAGGUCCUUUCCCGCGUGCCGAGCGCUAGUAGCCUGGGGGACGAGGGGGACGCGGAUGGGGAGGCGGAGGGAGAGAGGAGGGGCAGGGGUAGAGUGAGAGGUGGAGCGAGAGGGCUGGAGCGGGAGGGAAGCAGAGGAGAGGGGGGCGAAGGGAGGCGGUCGAGGGGCCACAGCCGGAGCAGGAGCCGGACUGGCGGCAGGAGGGUGGGGCUGUCAUGGUCCAUGGGGCCGGCAAGGGACGGAGGGGAGUAUGAGGAGGACGUGAGGGACUGGGAGGGCGAGCUGGAGUUCAGGGGGCAGCACCACCACCUCUUCCCGCCCCAUCGCUUGCUCCCAGCUGUUGCCGCCGCUGCUGCUGCUUUAGACGGAGAUGCUGGUUUGGCUGCUGCUGGCGCUCGUGCUGCUGGUGCUGACCAUGACAUGGACGGUUACGGUGGUAACCCGCGUGAGAGGAGGGCGGCAGCGAGUGCCCCGGGGCACCGGCGAUUCGUGUCGGACCUCUUCUUCGACGCCCCAAUGGACUACUUCCAACCCUUCCUCCCCUCCCCUGCUGCCUCCUCCGGUGCCUCCAGCCCUGCCAUCGACCUGCUCGCACUGCACUCGACCCAAUUUGACCUGCUCGCACCACAUGGAACACAGUUUGAUGCGUCAGCCCCCCACACGCCGAAUGCAGCACAGUCUGACUCAACGAUCCCUCUCACGGGGUCGUAUGAUUUUUCCGACUCCGAGAGACCCUUUGGUCUUCCCCCCGCAGAGAGGCCAUCAUUUGAUCGCUUGCCCCACGAUCCCCUGGCGCCCACCGUUGCGGAUUCUGCCUCUCAUCCCUUCUCCCCUGACUUACCUGCUCUUGACGCGCCAGCAGCAGGCGCUGCCACUUCUGCGGCGUCUCCUUCAAGCCCGCUCUUUCUUCCUCCAUCCUCGUCUCUUCAGAACGCCAACAGCAACAGCAACAGCCACAGCAGCAGCAGCAUCACCCUCAGCCAGCCAGCGCCAUCAGCAGCCCCUCUCCCCCCGCGCAGCAGCAGCAGGCGCAAGCUGCUGGGCGAGAGGAGGGGCUCCAGCUUCAAGGAGCGCCGCUCAUCCCGAGACCUGUCCUUUGGGGACGACCCCCCCUGGCUCGCCCCCCUUCUCGCCCCCCCUCUCGCCUCCUCUGCCUCCCCCUCCGCCUCUCCUCCCCCCCCCUUUCCCCUCGGCCUCUCCCCUGCUUCGUCUCGUGGUGACACUGGUGCCGCACUUGCUGGCGCCACUUCUUCCUCCCACCAUCAUAGGGGCAGCAGUGGCAGUAGUGCAAACAGGGUGAGAGCCUUUAAUCGCAGCAGCUCUUACGGGGGACAAGGCCGCCUGGUUCCAAGAGGGGAGGGGUUUUUCGGAUCGAGAGAAUCGGAUCCUAUUGGGGACGGAGACGGGCUUUUGGGCAGCGUAACAUACUUUUUCAACGGCAAAGAGGGGUUUCCGAGCGUGCAAGAGCGGUUGCCAGACUCCAGAGGAGGUAGCAGCAGAGACCCGGUUUUUCCUUGUGGGCGAAACAGCCGGGGCCUAGUGUACUCAGAGGAGGGCGGGCGGUUGUCCUCCGUCACUUUUGACGCGGCCCGCGAUCUCCUCUCAAGCAGUCAGCACGGAUCGUUUGUUGGGUCAGAGGAGCCAAUGGAGCCGAGGGAGGGUGCGUUCGGAAGCAUGGAGAGGGUCGGUGGAAGGGCGCUGGUGGCGUUUGGGAGCACGGAGCGGGAGACAGAGGUGGUGUGUGGGGGCGGGGCAGGACACGAGGGAGAGGAAAUUGCUGACGCCGCCGCUGCUGCUGCUGUUCUUGGCAGGCUUGGUGGUGGUGUUAGUGGUGGUAUGGGUGCGAAAUCUAGCACGAGUGGCUUCAGCAGAGGCGGCAGAGAGAGGUUUGGAUUCUUGUCGUCUGAUUUCGACUUUGACACGCGCGCCGCCGCACCGCUGCACCCAGAAGCCCUUCGUGAGCCGACUCAAAACCUGCUUUUGAGCCCAGAUGUAUCCUCCACGCUUGAUGGCACGGGUAGCCGCAGCACAGCCGUAGAGCUGAUUGGCAGCAGUGGCGGCGCCAGCAAGGGGAGCAGCAGCAACAACAGCAGUCGAGGCAGGCUUGAGCGCAGCAGUGGCAGCGCAAAGGAGCGGGGCGAGAAGGAGUAUGGAGGAAGGGAGUUGGGUGAAAGGGGGCUAAAUGGCAGAGACGGCAACGGCACGAGGAGGGGUGAGGGAAGCGGCAGCGGGGGGUGGUGGCAGGAGAUCCAAUCAGGCGUGCGCAGCCUUGAGGUGAUGCAGCAAGAGGCCUGUGACGCUGCUGAUGCUGCUGCCGCCGUUGCUGCUGCUUCUGCUGCUGCUGCUGCUACUGAAUCUGUGGCUGCAGAAGGUGGUGCUAGUACCUCUGAUCUCUACCCUGUAGGUCUUCCUGGUGAUGCUCCCUGUGCCACCGCCAUGUCUGAAACGAUGGGAGCGGAAAUGCAGUCCCAAGCGGCUGAAGCAGCAAAGGCAGAUAGCACAGGUAGAGAGGGCCACCAGCAGCAGCAGCAGCAGAGGCCAGGCCAGCCAAGCCAGGCACAGCAGCAGCGGUCGCAGCAGCAGCAGGGGGCGUCGCUGUUUGUUGGGGGUGGGGGGUCGGUGCUGGGGAGGGGCCUGCGCGAGCUGAAGGAGGCGUACGUGGUGGGGCGCGCGCCCGUGGGGCGCGGGCAGUAUGGCACCGUGCGCAAGUGCGUGCACCGCGGCACGGGGAAGGCGUAUGCGUGCAAGAGCAUCGGCAAGAGGAGCCUGCUGAGUGCGGCGGACAAGGAGGCAGUGCGGCGCGAGGUGGGGUUCCUGGAGCGGCUGAAGGGGCACCCCAACGUCAUCCGCAUGAGGGAGACCAUCGAAAGCACCCGGCACGUGCACAUCAUCAUGGAGCACUGCGAGGGGGGCGACCUGCUCGACCGCAUCCAGCUGCACCGCAACUUCCCGGAACCUUCCGCAGCGUGCAUCUUCCGGUCGCUGGUGUUGGCGCUGCAGCACUGCCACGUGCUCGGCAUUGUGCACCGCGACGUCAAGCCCGAAAACGUGCUCAUCUCGCACGUCGGCCAGCACACCCACUCCUCCUGUCACGCCCAUGUCGCCAGGAGCAGCAGCGUCGGCACCAGCGCCAGCGCCUGUCAUUUCAGCAGCAACGCAAUAAAGCUGAUCGAUUUUGGCGUGGCCACACUGUGGGCUCCGGAGAAGCCGUGCAAGGACGUGAUCGGGACGUCCGAGUACAUGGCUCCGGAGGUGUUUGAGCAGUCGUAUGGCCCAGAAGCUGACAUGUGGAGUGCGGGGAUCGUGCUGUUCAUGCUGGUGGUUGGGCGCGCCCCGUACAGCGACCCGCCCUCCAGUGGAGGCUCGGCCGUGCCGGAGGAGAGGCCCGGAUGGCCCAGUGUGCUUAUGGCGAAGGAGGCGGGGUUCUAUGGGGUGCGGGAGUGGGAGUGCCUGUCUGCUCCGUGCAAGCACCUGAUUGGCUGGAUGCUUACGAAGGAUCCUAACGCGAGGCCGACUGCGCAACAAGUGCUUGAUCACGAGUGGCUAUCGAUUGCCAGCUAGUCUGUGAGGAAACAAGGACAUGGCCGUGGAGGUCAUCUCUAGCAGACGCGUAGAAUAGCUACGAUCUAAAACAGAAUAAGUAUGAUAGGAGUGCCUGGGUUAACAAGCUCAAUUACAGGUUAGAGUGUUAAAAUUAUAUAAGUUAUAAUUUUAUAUAGGCUUGGUAGGUUGCUACUGAACCUUUCUGUAGGGGGUACAAACCCCUCCUUGUACUCCCUUCUCUUCCUAAU